AUGCAUGAGUCGGUGGUGCACCCGAGUAUGAAUCUCCGCAACAUCACGCAGGUGCUCGGGAAGAAGACCGGCAUCCCUGCCGAGUACCAGUGCCUCCUCCUAAACAACAACGCUCUCAAUUACUGGCUGAUUUUGGCAGAACAAAGCGUGCCAUGUAACGCUUCGCUGGUGCUGGUAGCGCAGACGCCUGACGAGGCGGACGCCAAGAAGGUGAAGGAGGGUGAGGCAUUUGAUGCAGAAGUGGCCGCCCAGGUGAAAGAGGUAGAAGAGCGGUUGCAGGUCUUGACUGUGGAGAUGAAGCAGGUCGAGGGCAAGAUCAAGCACUGUAUGCUGGAAGCCAAGAGGGCAGAGCUCACAGAGAAGGAGCUGAAGCCCAUGCCGGACACCCUGAAAGUCUACAGACAGGUCGGCAAGAUGUUCAUCCUGCAGCCGAAGGCUGACAUGGCAAAGUCCCUCAAAGCGCAGGUGGCAGUGAAAACCCUGGAGUGUCAAGGACUGCAGCAGGCACGCAACAAGAUCCAGGAGAAGGUGAAGAGUGAGGCCGAUGGCCUGAAAGAGCUCAUUGGUCCAGAGAGGAUGAAGCAGCUCUUCCAGUCGGGAGGCGCACCGGAGGUGCCAGCAGGUGGCACAAGACCCGAGGAUGCUGUGAUGCCGAUUUUCGGCAAAGAGAGCAAGGCCGCACAAAGUGAGGCAGAGAGCAAGCCGGCUGAAAGUGAGAAAGCCGGCAAGGCGCGGGGUGCUUCUCCCGCUUGCGCAGCGCGAGCAUCUCAGGCCCCCGAGUCCGUGGAGGUGUGA